AUAGCGAUAAAACUAAAAUAAUAUGGCGGGUCAGCAACAUCCAUUCCCAUCUGGGUUUCCCAAUGUACAACAAUCUGCAAUGCGUACCCAAUUUGGUGGAGGACAAAUGGUAUCUGGUUUGAUGGGCCCACAACAGGGUGGUAUGGUAAGUCCUCAACAAUUUGGAGUAGGUGUGGGUGUCGGAGUUGGGGUAGGUGGUGUAGGGACAAAUGCUAUGGGUAUGCCUAGUGCUCAACAAGUACUAGCUCAGCAGCAACAACAACAGCAGUCUGUUGCAAUGCAACAACAAAUGCAGCAGAUGCAACAACAGCAGUUACAAUUACAACAGCAACAACAAGCUGCCAUGGUGCAGCAAAAUAGCCAAACGAGUAAUCAAGCUACCACACCCCAAACACCUGUACAACCCACUCAACCACCACCUCAACAGCAACAACAAAAUAAAGAAUUUAACACUGCCAGUUUAUGCAGAUUUGGCCAAGAAACUGUGCAAGACAUUGUCAGUCGUACUUUAGAAGUUUUUCAAACAUUAAAACUCUUACAACCUCCGAAUGGCAUGGCUCAAGGGUCGAGUUUAGCUAAUGAAAAGAAGAAUAAAGUACAAGAACAACUAAGAACAUUGAAAUUAUUAUUCAAACGGUUAAGACUGAUUUAUGAAAAAUGCAACGAAAACUGUCAACUUCAAGGUAUGGAAUAUACACACAUAGAAAGUUUAAUUCCUUUGAAAGAAGAGUGGGAUAUGAAAUCUGAUGAGAAAAAGACAUCUGAGGCUUACAGACUGGCUUGUGAAGAAAGCAAAGAAAUUAUGGAGCAAGUUGUAUUAAAAAAUAGGCAUCUCAAGGAAAUAAUUGAUCACUUAAGGCGUAUCAUCUCAGAAAUAAAUACAAUGUUAAACAUGCGUCGAUCUUAAACUAUGUAUUGUACAUAAAUAUUUGUAUAAGUUAUUAAGAAUAUGUUAAUAAAUAAAGAUACUAUUUCCUACUGAAAAAUAAAAA